AUGCUCGGUCGUCUGGCAGCCACGCGCCUCCUGGAGAUCCGUCAAGCUUUCCGGCGAGCUGCUCAGACUUCCCGUUCCUUCUCAACUGCUCUGAACUAUCACAUCGAUUCGCCGGAUAACAAUCCGGACAUGCCAUGGGAGUUCAAUUCCCAAAACCAGGAGAAGGUUAAAGAGAUAAUAUCUCAUUACCCAUCCAACUACAAGCAAUCUGCAGUAAUUCCCCUGCUAGAUCUAGCACAACAGCAGCAUGGAGGAUGGCUCCCAGUUUCAGCUAUGAAUGCGGUGGCUAAGGCUAUUGAAGUUGCUCCAAUCCGUGUCUAUGAAGUGGCAACAUUUUAUUCCAUGUUCAACCGAACACCAGUUGGCAAGUACCACCUUUUAGUUUGUGGAACAACACCAUGCAUGAUCCGUGGGUCUCGAGAAAUUGAAGAUGCACUGCUGAAACACUUGGGAGUGAAGCGCAAUGAAGUAACAAAGGACGGUCUUUUCUCUGUUGGUGAAAUGGAAUGUAUGGGAAGCUGUGUAAAUGCACCUAUGAUUACUGUUGCAGAUUACUCUAAUGGAUCAGAAGGAUACUCGUAUAAUUAUUAUGAAGACGUCACUCCAAAACGAGUCGUGGAGAUAGUUGAGUUGCUGAGAAAGGGGGAAAAGUUGCCACCUGGAACUCAAAACGCAAAACGUAUCAUGAGUGGACCAGAAGGAGGCAAUACUACUCUGCUCACUGACCCAAAACCUCCUCCAUGCCGUGAUCUUGAUGCAUGCUAA